AUGGGCUCUACCUGGACUCAUUUGCUGCCUGAUUGUGGAGCUCAGGAUAAAGAGCUGAGGAAGCAAUGGCAGCGGGCGAUCGACGAGUUUCGCGCCAUCGAAGCAUCUGAGCGCAACGUUGGCGACUUUCUCUUGGGCACCGUCGACGCGCUGGCCAACAAAUGCCCAGCGUGCUUCGGGCCGAAACGGCUCAACCGACCCCAUCAUCACACCCUCCAACUGGAUUAUAUGAUCGCGCUCGACGGCAACUUCCAGCAAACCCGAGAAAAUAAUGCGACAUACGACGUCCAAGGAAUAGUGCCGAGCUUGUUUCUGUCUGAUAAAGCCGUCCUGGACAUGAAAGCACUCGUCGAGAAUACAGCGCGGCCAACGAAGAAGGUGAGGAGCGUGAUAUAUUUGCGAUCCGCCUCGAAUACUGAGUAAUAUCGCUCCGGCCCCGUCGGAAGGCGUGCACAGAGUCGUGGAAGGCUGCUGACGGGGGCGCUGGUCGAGUCUCGUCGCGCAAGAUCGAUACAGGACUUGUCGCCGGCGUGUGCCGCCAUGAUAUCGCCCUAAAAUGGUGAAUCUUGAGAAGACCGGCGAAAAGUGAGUGUAUUGAGCUUAUGUUCUUCAACUCCAACUUGCAUUUUUACUUUCACUGCUGAUGCUCAUGCCUGCGCUCCAAUCACCUAGGCUGUACUUCGCUUUAGCCAUUGUCAAGCACAUCUCGGACCAUCUUCCCCCAGAUGCUAGGAUUGGAAUUUUGUACGACAUCGCUUGUAAUUUCAAGCACCACAUUGAGAAGGUUUGCAUUGACCACCUCGGCUCGGGCCCCUCCGAUAUGUCGUUGCUGAUCAUAUGGGCUUUGUGUUUCAACCUUUUCAGAGGCAUCUGCUGCCUGAGCUGUUUGAGCGACUCGAGUUCGCCACAAGUGUCUUCCAUGCAUACGCCCAUACCUGGGGUUGCCAGGUUGUCAGAACGACACGGUGCUGCAUUAAACCAGUCAAACAGCGCGUCGACGACCGCGCAGCCGCACUUCCACCACGCACCCAGAGACUUGUUUGUGAAUGGUUAUCCAGGAGGGAAGGAGCCCGCAAUGUUCCGAGGCGACGCGAUGAAUCUAUAGUCAAGACGUGGAUGUCAGCAGGCCCUCAGAAGCUCGUGCUCUGGUAA